UCUUGCAGAGGCAGAAAGGUCAGUCGUCACAUACACCCAAGGACAAGCCUUCGGUGCUGAAAUUGCAACACUGGAGAUGAUCCCACCUAGAGUGCACAAGGGCAGUAAGAUCUGCAGGCUUGAUCCUGUCCUAGACGAGGGCAUUCUGAGAGUAGGUGGCCGACUGCACAAAUCUGCAAUGCCUGAGGAAACCAAACACCCCUGCAUCUUGCCCAAAGACUCGCACAUCUCGAUACUGCUCUUAAGACACAUCCAUGAACGCUGUGGCCACAAUGGCAGAAACCACAUGCUAUCGGAGCUCCGGAAAAAGUACUGGAUUUUAAAAGGCAACUCAGUUGCCAGGAAGGUGCUCUCAAAAUGUGUCAUGUGUCGACGUUCAAGGGGCAAGGCAAGUGAACAGAAGAUGGCGGAUUUGCCGUUAGAAAGAAUCCUACCUGACCUCCCUCCAUUUACCAAUGUCGGGUUGGACUACUUUGGCCCGUUUGAAGUGAAACGAGGGAGAACUGCCAUCAAAAGAUUUGUCUGCAGGAGGGGCCAGGUGAAGCACAUCAGGUCUGAUAAUGGAACAAACCUGGUGGGUGCACACGGAGAGCUCAAGAAGGCCCUGAAGUCACUGAACGAGAGGAAAAUCCAAGAUGCCCUGCUUCCAGAUGGAAUCGAAUGGAGUUUCAAUCCACCAUCAGCAUCACACCAUGGCGGAGCCUGGGAAAGGCUCAUAAGAUCUGUCCGCCAGGUGCUGAACUCUACUCUCCAUCAACAGUCCAUCGAUGAUGAAGGCCUCCAAACACUGUUUUGCGAGGUGGAGGCAAUCCUGAACAAUCGUCCUCUCUGCACAGUGUCCUCAGACCCACAUGACCUAGAGCCACUGACCCCAAAUCACAUCCUGCUAUUGAAAGCCAAGCCAAUCCUACCCCCUGGAACCUUCUUGAAGUCCGACAUCUAUGCCAGACGUCGCUGGAAACAGGUCCAGUACAUGGCCGAUCUUUUCUGGCAAAGGUGGACCAAAGAAUAUCUUCUGCUGCUGCAGGAGAGGCAGAAAUGGACUUCACUAAAGAGGAACCUUAGUGUCGGAGACAUUGUCCUGGUCGUUGACCCCACUGCUCCUCGAGGGUCCUGGCCAUUAGGAAGAGUGCUGGAGACGAAACCUGAUGCAAGGGGUCUAGUGCGGUCAGUGAAGCUCAAGACAAAAACUUCAGUCCUUGAGAGGCCCAUAACCAAGCUGUGCCAAAUCCUUGAGUCUGAAGAGUGACCAGGGUUCCUGAUCACAUUAGAAAGGAAUGUAAUGUAUACAUGAUUUCAUACCUUCUCUAAACCAUUAUGCAUUACAUACUUCUAAAAGCAUUAAGUGCUUAUUUACUUUAUUGAUAAAUUGACCCCUCUUUUGGCUCCUUUCAUGUUAAUUUAGGUAAUUGAUUCUAUAGAGAACAAUUAGGGGCCGGUGUGUAGGAGCCGCAUUUAAGUUUUUUGUAUUUGGAAUGAUUUAUUGAUUUUUCCCCUUUUUGUGGAAUUGCGAGUGUGCGCCCUCUAUAGGUGGUGACGGUGCCACCCUUGAAAUGGCUGCCAGACACGCAUGACGGGGAGAAGGCGGGCGCAAUUACCGUCAUUGACCUCAGUGCUGAGGCCGUGAACCACGCUGUCUCCGUUUGGGCCUGUUCAGCUUGUUGCAUCGUUUAGUUAUUUGGACU